ACAAUUUAACAAAGCGACGUGACGUGUGGCGAAAAGAGAAAAGUGACGUUUCUAAAAAAAAACUAAAAAAACAAUCAGCUAGGAACUAGCUGAAUUCAAUCAGCCAUUCCAGUUUAACUGACUUGAAAGUUUUCAGCUCCUUAUAAAAAAUAAUGGCCUUUCGUCCAGGAAAUCAUGAUCGUGCUUGGAACGAUCCUCCCGUUUUUUCUUACCAGCAAGGUGAUGCCAAGUCUGAAGAGAAUGUGAAUACUGCCAGAAAAACUUUACUGAAUAAAAGGGUUGCAUUUCCUCUGAGUGGUGGGUCUACAACAUCCCAAAAUCCAGCAACAUCUCUUCCACCCAUUGGUCUACCUCCACCGGCAGUUAACUUAACAACAUCCCCACAAUCAACUUCUGUCUUAUUACCAAGUGAAAAACCAAGUGGAACACCUAUGAUGGAGACCAGGGAGCAGCUUGAAUCAAGUUUGGCAACAGUUUCCAGAAUUCUAGUUGACAGUCUGACAAAUUAUGUUGAAUCAGAAAAGCAAGAAGAUUUCAACAAGCGCCUGCAGCAUUUGUUUUCUAACUGGAAAGACGGAAAAUUGAAUCUGGAUAUUCGUCAAAGAUUAGAAACAAUGUGUACAUCUUUGGAGAAAAGAGAAUUCACCAAAGCUGAAAAUGUCAGAGUUGCUCUGGCCGUAGAUUACACAUCUGAAUGUGCCAGCUGGAUUAUGGUGAUUAAGAAUAUUGUUACUCAAAUGGAAACAAAACAAGUUGAAUUAUAAAUUGUAUGGUGUUUGUAUUGCAUCUAAAUACGAAUGGGCGAAAACAGAAAA